GAAAACCCUUUUUAGGUGGCUAAUGGACACAACCUGAGUGGAAAGGCCGCAUCAAACCAGAAGGACGAGGCUGGCUGCACUGUUGCAUGUGCGCUGCUGCCCACUCCCAGGAUAUCCCAUCAAACGACAAACAGAGGAUGUGCAGAUGCUCCUGAGCUUUGGGGCAGACCCCACUCUGCUGGAUGGACAGUCUCGGUCUGCUGUGGAUGUCCUGAAGAGGAAUAAGAACUUCAAAGCUAUUGAAAAAAUCAACAGUCACUUGGAAAAGCUGGCCACAUGUUCUAAGGACCUAUCAGGACUCAGCAAUGGUGAUGGAUCCAUAAGUGACAGCGACAUUUUCCGGAAGACAUCUGAGCAGCUGGUGCAGUACAUGAACUCAGGAAACUGGUUAUUGCAUAAAAACUUUCUGAAGCAGGAAGUAGUUCAAAGGUUCUUGCGUCUCCUUUCUUCUCUGCAAGAAAUUCCUUCUGACCUGAUCUGUGACAUUAAUCGAGACUGUGCCAACACCUUCAUCAAGUUCUUACUGGAAAAACAGAAAUGGCCGGAAGUGCUUCUGCUGCUGACCCGCAAAGUGAGUGGGGAGCCACCUGUUGGAGAUUGCCUCAUGAAAGAGUGCGACCUUUCGAACCUGGACAUCUGCACUGUCAUCCCUCACCUCAGUGCCUGGGACCAGCGGAGGACACAACUGUUGGGCUGCCUGAUAGACAAUGGAGCCCUGCCAGAGGGCCUCCAGGAAAGCCAGGGGAGGCCACUUCUCAUGUGCUUGAGACAAGAGGACUUUGAAUUGGCUUUUCUUCUCUUGACCAAGGGUGCAGACCCCCGUGGUAUUUCUCUCACAGAAGGUGAUACUCCUUUGCAUGCUGCACUUCACAUCUUUCUGGAUAUAAAUGCUGACAUUGGCUUUAACUUCCUCAGUCACCUGUUGGAUUUAUUCUGGUCCAACUCCACUGAAUUUUACUACCUCAACCCUAACAUCCAGGACAGCAAUGGAAACACAUUGAUGCACCUCCUCUUCCAGAAGGGCAUGCUGAAGCGUACAAAGAAGCUGAUAGAUCUGCUGGUGAAGUUCGACAUCAACUUCAACCUGAAGAACAAAGAGGGUAAAGAUGUAAGACACCGGAUUAAGAAAAAUGAUGCUCUGCUUUUGGCCUGGAACAAAGCUCUGACAGAAAGCAGGCGGAGGAGCCGGCAAGAUUCUGCUGCCCACCUUGGGAGGCUGUCUCGGUCUUCUGUCCCUGGUCAUACAUCUCAGCUCAAGUCCCAGGGUUCCUUCAAGUCACUGCCAUGUGACACCACUGCCAGAAUCCUCUCUGAAGGAACCACAGUUCCUGACAGCUGGGACAUUCUUCCUGAUGCCCAGGUGACUAGGCUGGAACCUGGAGCCACCAGGCCUCGAUCCCUUAGAGAUCGCCUCGUGCAGGACAUCACAGUUUUGAUUCAGCAGGUUGAAUUGGAUAUUUCCCUCCCAAAGGACUAUCCUCAGUACUCUGAGCCUCUUGAGGUGGGAGCUGGCAUGGAAGGAAAGAAAGACAAACUCCAGCAAACCCUGAGUGUGAGGAGCUCUGACUGUAGUGGGAAUAAUCCUGCUGUCCCAGAGGCCAGGGAAGGAUGUGCUCAGGCAGGCCCUGGGGCUUCACAGCUCAUUCCUGCUGGUAACAGGGGGAGGGAGGGCAGAGAUGAUCAAGACAAUUGGAGUAUGCAGGAGAUUGAGGCCUGUCUCCAGGACUUUGAUAACAUGACUUGGGAAAUCGAGUGCACUUCAGAAAUGCUGAAGAAGCUGUCCAGUAAAGUUAUGACCAAAGUCAUAAAGAAGAAAAUCAUCCUUGCUAUCCAGCAGCUAGGGAAUGGUGAGUGGACCCAGGGUCUGCAGAAGCGACUGAAGCACUCUAAAGGAAACAUUCAGCUCUUUGAAGCAAAGCUGGACAGAGGAGCCAGGAUGCUGUGGGAACUUGCAAUUGACUUUUCCCCUCGAUGCAGCGAGAACCCAGAGAAAAUCAUUGCUACAGAGCGGAACACAUACUGUGUGGAGAAGUCAGGGAGGGUCUACACAGAAAUCAUCCGAAUAUGGGACAUUGUCUUAGAUCACUGCAAGUUGUCAGAUUCCAUCAUGGCCAUCUGUAGUGCCUACAACCGGGGCUUGUCCUGUGUCCUACGUAAGAAGCUGAAAGGUAUCAACAAAAGCCAAGUGUCAGCUAACAUGAAAAUCCAAAAGCGAAUACCCUACUGCUAUGUGGAGGACACAGAGGCAGAGAAGAACAGGGAAUGUGUGGAUCCUGAGUAUUUUCCACCAGCCAGUGCUGUGGAGACAGAGUAUAACAUCAUGAAAUUCCACAGCUUCAGCACCAACAUGGCCUUCAACAUCCUCAAUGACAUGACAGCAACAGUGGAGUACCCUUUCCGAGUGGGUGAGCUUGAGUAUGCUGUGAUCAACCUCAAUCCCAGACCACUGGAACCCAUCAUCCUCAUUGGGCGGAGUGGCACUGGGAAGACCACCUGCUGCUUGUAUAGGUUGUGGAAGAAAUUCCAUGUUUAUUGGGAAAAAGCAGAGCAAGCAGGAAGCCCAUUGCUGGCCAAACAGAUCUUGCCAAAGAGAAGGUUGGAAGUAGAACCUGGGAAAGAGGGUCCAGGUAGGGAGGAAGAAGAAGAGGAUGAAGAAGAGGAGGGUUCCUUUAAAGUGGAAACAGUAGACAGCAUAGAUGAGGAACAAGAGAGUGAGGCCUGUGCAACAGGGGCUGGGGUGGAGCCAGCAGGAGAUGGCCAAGUGGCAGAAGGUUGUGUACCUGAAUGUCCUCAUCAGCUGGAGCAUCUGCACCAGAUCUUUGUGACCAAGAACCAUGUUCUGUGCCAGGAGGUACAAAGGAAUUUUAUUGAGCUUUCCAAGUCUACCAAGGCCACCAGUCACUACAAACCACUGGAUCCAAAUGUCCACAAACUCCAGGACUUGAGGGAUGAGAACUUUCCUCUGUUUGUUACUUCCAAACAGCUACUCCUCUUGCUUGAUGCUUCUCUUCCCAAACCAUUCUUUCUGAGGAAUGAAGAUGGAAGCUUAAAAAGAACUAUUUUAGGAUGGUCCACACAAGAAGAGUUGAACAUCCCCAUUUGGCAAGAGGAUGAGGAUGAGGCUGAGGCAGAUGGGAACUAUAGUGAGGAGGACAAAGCUGCAGAAACACGUACAGGUGAUAGUGAUCCCCGGAUAUACGUGACAUUUGAGGUGUUCACCAAUGAGAUAUGGCCCAAAAUGGCCAAAGGGAAAACUUUGUACAACCCUGCGUUGAUUUGGAAAGAAAUAAAAUCUUUUCUGAAGGGUUCUUUUGAGGCCCUUGGCUGUCCCCAUGGGAGACUCACUGAAGAAGCAUAUAAAAAAUUAGGUAGGAAACGAUCUCCAAAUUUCAAGGAAGACCGGAGUGAGAUCUAUAGCCUCUUUUGUCUGUAUCAGCAGAUCAGGUCCCAGAAAGGGUAUUUUGAUGAAGAGGAUGUUCUAUACAACCUGUCCCGGAGACUGUCAAAGCUUAAGGUGCUUCCUUGGUCCAUCCAUGAGCUGUAUGGUGAUGAGAUUCAGGACUUCACCCAAGCUGAGCUGGCAUUGCUGAUGAAAUGUAUCAAUGACCCCAAUGCCAUGUUCCUCACCGGAGACACAGCCCAGAGCAUCAUGAAAGGUGUGGCCUUCCGUUUUAGUGAUCUACGCUCUCUUUUCCACUAUGCCAGCAGAAACACAGUAGACAAGCAUUGUGCUGUCCGGAAGCCCAAGAGGAUCCACCAGCUGUACCAGAAUUAUAGGUCCCACUCCGGAAUCCUCAAUUUGGCAUCUGGAGUGGUAGAUUUACUUCAGUUCUAUUUCCCAGAAUCUUUUGAUCGCCUUCCAAGGGAUUCUGGCCUUUUUGAUGGUCCCAAACCAACUGUCCUGGAGUCUUGUAGUGUAAGCGAUUUGGCAAUUUUACUACGAGGGAACAAAAGGAAAACUCAACCUAUUGAAUUUGGUGCUCACCAGGUAAUCCUUGUUGCCAAUGAAAUGGCAAAGGAGAAAAUUCCAGAAGAGCUGGGGUUAGCACUCGUGUUAACAGUUUAUGAAGCAAAAGGACUGGAAUUUGAUGAUGUACUCCUUUACAAUUUUUUUACUGAUUCUGAGGCUUACAAGGAAUGGAAGAUCAUUUCUUCAUUCACACCUUCAUCAUCUGACUCAAGAGAGGAGAACUGGCCAUUGGUUGAAGUACCCCUGGAGAAACCUACCUCCUCUCAGGCCCGAUCCCUCAUGGUGAAUCCAGAAAUGUACAAGCUCCUCAAUGGAGAGCUGAAGCAGCUGUACACUGCCAUCACACGGGCUCGGGUCAACCUCUGGAUCUUUGAUGAAAACCUAGAGAAACGGGCUCCUGCUUUCAAAUAUUUCAUUAGAAGAGAUUUUGUUCAAGUUGUGAAGACAGAUGAAAAUAAAGACUUUGAUGAUAGCAUGUUUGUUAAGACCUCAACUCCGGAGGAGUGGAUCACGCAAGGAGAAUACUAUGCCAAGCACCAGUGCUGGAAGGUUGCAGCUAAGUGUUACCAGAAAGGAGGUGCAUUUGAGAAGGAGAAGUUGGCGCUGGCCCACAACACGGCCCUGAGCAUGAAAUCCAAGAAAGUCAGCCCCAAGGAAAAACAAUUGGAGUAUUUGGAACUGGCUAAAACCUAUUUGGAGUGCAGUGAGCCAAAACUGUCCCUUAAAUGUCUGAGCUAUGCCAAGGAAUUCCAGCUCUCUGCCCAGUUGUGUGAGAGACUGGGAAAGAUAAGAGAUGCUGCCUAUUUCUAUAAGCGAAGCCAGUGCUACAAAGAUGCUUUCCGAUGCUUUGAGCAGAUUCAGGAAUUUGAUCUAGCACUCAAAAUGUACUGCCAAGAGGAGCUUUUUGAGGAAGCUGCUAUUGCAGUGGAAAAAUAUGAAGAAAUGCUAAAGACCAAGACCCUUCCCAUUUCUAAGCUCUCCUAUUCUGCCAGUCAGUUUUACCUGGAAGCUGCAGCAAAGUACCUGAGUGCAAAUAAGACCAAGGAAAUGAUGGCUGUUCUCUCAAAGCUAGAUGUAGAAGACCAACUGGUAUUCCUCAAAUCUCGGAAGCGCCUAGCAGAAGCUGCAGACCUGUUGAACAGGGAGGGUCGGAGAGAAGAGGCAGCCCUGUUGAUGAAACAACAUGGCUGCCUCCUGGAGGCUGCCAGGCUCACUGCUGACAAGGACUUCCAGGCUUUGUGUCUGCUGGGGGUUGCUCGCCUCAAUGUGGCCAGAGAUUCUGACAUAGAACAUACUAAGGCCAUUCUAAGAGAAGCACUUGAUCUCUGCUAUCAAACCAACCAGCUGUCUGGCAUUGCAGAGGCCCAAUUCCUGCAGGGGGUCAUCCUGAGAGACUUUCAGAAACUUAAAGAAGCUCUCCUCAAGUUUGACAUGCUCAACCACUCAGCUGGAGUGGUAGAAGCACUCUAUGAAGCAGUCAGCCAGUGUGAGACUGAGCCUGAGAAGGUUCUGGCCCUGGCUCCAGAGGGGUUGGAAGUCCUUCUCAAUCUGGUCAGGGCCCUCAAAAGAGUGACUAAUAAUGCUGAAAAGGAAAUGGUCAAGUCUUGCUUUGAGUUUUUUGGGAUUUCCCAGGUGGAUGCCAAGUAUUGCCAGAUAGCUCAGAAUGACCCUGGGCCCAUAUUAAGAAUAAUUUUUGACCUGGACUUGAACUUAAAAGAGAAAAAAACAAAAGAUCAUUUCUUGAUAGUGACUGACCAAGUGAAAUUAGCCCUUAACAAGCACCUUUUGAGCAGGCUGUGUCAGAUCACACAGAGCCUGCUUGGGAAGACCUACCCAGGAGUCUGCAUGAGGUUUAUUGCAGGCUUAAAAUGUGAGGAUGAAAACUGUGAAGAUUUUCACAGGCCCCUGCGGCGCUGUGAGGCCAAGUGUAUGGUUCAGUCAAAAAUGCACCUGGUGGCAAUCAAUGGAUUGCUUCUGGAAGCCAAAAAAGUAUUCCCUAAAAUCUUAGCUGAAGAGCUUAAAGAAAUAGAUUGUAUUUUGUCUGCAGAAAUGUAUGACCUUUGCAGAUCUUUCCUAAAUGUCCUCUUCCCUAGGCAUUUUCAUCAGAGAGUGCUGUCAGAAAAUCCUAUGGCAUGCAAAGAAAUCCUCAAACCAAGUUACAAAUCCUUCCGAUUCUACAGGUUUGCCUUGAAAGAGUACAUUCGCAAUCUGUUUCAAAGUGAAAGUGCACGCAGCCGCCGGGAGUCCACAGACCUGUGGCUGAGCGCCAUGCAGGCUUUCCUUCUCGCCUCCAGCUACCCUGAGGAGUUUGAGAAGCUUCUCCACCAGGAGGAGGACAACUACAACAGGGAGCUAAAAGCUCUAGAGUCUGACAAAGAGGAACGGGGCAGGGGGAGAGGUAGCCGAAUGAAAGGAAUAGAAGGGAAAUUUGGCAUGCUGGUGCCCAACAAGGAGGAUGAAGGUACAGAGAAGAUCCAUCUGUGCUUCAUUCGGCUGCUGGAGAAUUCCAUUGACCAGCUGUACAUGCACAGGAAUCCAGAAGACUACAAGAGGCUCUUUUUCCGCUUUAUGAAUGUCCUCAUCAAGAGGUGCAAAGAACCGCUUAUCCCCAGCAUUGGCAACACAGUAGCACUGCUAGAGUUCCAGUUCAUCCACUGUGGGGUGGUGCUGGCCCGCCUCUGGAAGAAUGCCGUCCUGUGCCUCCCCAAGAGCUACAUCGCACUCCUACACUAUUGGGAGUUCCUGACCAGCAAGAAGGACAAGGAGCUUGGGGACAUCUUCUCCAUCAUUCAGGAAUACAAGCCAAAGGAUGUCGCCAGAGCCAUUCAGGACUUCCGGUUCCACCUCUCCUACCUUGUCAAGGUGCUGUGUGGCUAUGAGAAUGUGAAUUUCAAUGUCCUGCUUGACGCCUUCAGUGAAAUAGACUUUGUGGUCUCAGGUGAGGCUGAGCGGACACUGGUGCUGUGUUUGGUGAUGUUGGUAAAUGCUGAGGAAGUCCUGCAGCCCUUCUGCAAGCAACUUCUGUACCGUCAUUUUGAGGAGAUUGAGACAAGGUUGCAGCUGAUGAGUAUGGACUGGCCAGGCCAGGUUCCUGAGAGGCUUCAGAAGGUGGUGAGGCGCGUGUUGGUGGCAGUCAGUGUGAAGUCUGUGGCUGAGGCACUGCAGGACCUGCUCUUUGAGCGGGAUGAAGAGUACCUGGUGGACUGCCACUGGCGGUGGGACAGUGUCCAUACCAAAGGCUCUGUGGUCCAUGGACUCUGUCAUGAGGAGGUCAGACUGAACCGCUUGCUCUGUGUGGGCCCCGUGGACCACUUUGCUGAAUCCGAGUGUGAAUUUGAUCAGGAUGAGACAGAUGAGCUAGCAUUGGAGGACCGAGACCACCUUCUGGCUGCCAUUCUUUCACAAAAGCAGUGGAAGGCCUCCAUCCAGCGCAAGCUGCGAAGAGUCUGCUUGGUGGUAUCUCUGUGCAUUAGCUGGAGGAGAUGGGUCCAGGCUGAGCGUGUCAGGGAGGAGGCCAGGGAGUCCAGUGUGGGAAACUUCAAAAGGGCCGAUGUGGAUAGGACUCAGUGUGAUCUGUGUGGAGUGAAGUUCACCCGCAGCCCUGAGAACUACUUCAGCCCUAGCAAAGCAUUUGAGGGAGUGGCCUCAGAGGUUGUCAUCCUUUCCAGGGCUGAGCUGGAAGGGAAAGAAUGUCAGGAGAGGAGCAGUGAGUCUUAUGAGCACCACAUCUACCUGGAAAGCCACCAGAAACAACAAGUGGCCUACCAGAAAUACUCAGAAUUUUUCCAUGAGAAGGUGGACCCAGUCAUUGGCAAAGGCAAAUUGGUAGUGCAGGACAUUGAGGAGAACGUGUGGGUCUGCAGUCACCUAGGCUCUAAAGAGCACAGCCACAUGCUGCAGAGGAAAGUCCAGGAGCACCUCAGGAGGGUUUCAGACUUGGUGGAGGAACUCUACAGGCGAAAGGCUUGGGCUGAAGCAGAAGAGGUGAUGAUGCGGCAGGUGAAAGUUCUGGCCCUGUCAGUCAGGGACGCACAGGAGUGGCUGAUGAAGACAGAGCUCUGCUUAAAGGAAGAAGGUGUUGUUCAGGAAGAUGAUUAUGAAAAUGAAGUCGAAGACUUUGGUGAGCUCCGUCCUAGAAGGCGUUCAUGGAAAUAUGGAAAGCAGAGAAAAUACUAGAGCAUUUUUGCACAUCUCAUUCACAGAAUGAGCACAGAACAUUCCAUCCUGUCUUAGAAUUCUAAGUGCUGGGGCAGAAGAGAAAAGGAAUAUAAAUUAGCAUUAAGAAAAAAAAAAGGGUAGGCCACCUUUGUUUUUUUGUUUUUGUAAUUUCUUUUUCAGUGGUGGCUUGGAAUUUGAUUUCUCCCUUACCUUCAGGGACCGCUCAAGUGCUUUCCAAGCUGAAGUCUAGCAGUAUUAGUCUCCCAAACACAGCAUGUCCUGUUUAGAGGAGUGAGUUGAAGGGGAAUUUGGGACUCCUCAGCCCAAAGCCAAUUGUCUGACUUAUCACCAUUUUGACAUGACUUAGUUGCAGGGGUCUAGGCAUUUAAGGCCAACACCCCUCACCUCAGAGCACCACUGCUCUGGGCCAGGAAAUCCCUCUAUGGAUUCUCUCAUCUUCUGCCACACUGCUGCCACAGCAAGUAGAGGAAGAUCCAUGUGCUGAAGGUCUAUGUGGACCUUGCUACCAGCCACCCCUGAGCCCAGACCACAUUCUGGUUGUUUCCUAUCCCACUUCUGUUAUCGAUGUUAACCAUUUCUCUCUGAGGAAACUUUUCUGCCCUUCCUCUUUUUUUUUUGUGACUCUUCUCAGCUACCUGUGUAAGUUAGACUACCUCAGAAUGUAGUCAAGAAUUCACCUAGCAUGCUUUGGACAUCCUUUCCCUCUAGAGGAGUGUUGCCAAGAUGUUCUUGGCUUGCCUUUCUAAAGUGAUCCUAACUCUGCUUUGGCUUUGGUGCAGACCUUUCAAAAAGUGCGUUGUAUGCAGCACUGUAUAUCUAGGUUUCUUGUUUCUCCCUAGCAAAUCUGACAUUUAUGCUCAGGUUAAGUCUUGAGUUUCUAUCCACUGAGCUCACUACAGUGGGACAGUAACCUGAAGAACUGCAGGUCAGGAACAGUAGAAAGAAGAGGAAGCCAGCCUUUAUAGUGCCAGUGACUGUGGAUCACUGCCAUGUGAUGGGUAGGCCCUGCAAGAGGGUGUUGUGUAUGGGCCUGUUUACAAGAGGCCUGUAUUCCCCCUCCAUCCACUGAACCAGUGGCCAUUGGUUUGGUCCAUUUGGAAGGCCUUCAUGCCUCUCUGAUAGUUGCUGCCCACCCUUUCCUCUCUAAGCCCAGGGGGGCAUCAAUGGUCAGGUUCAUACUGGCCUUUGGUGGUUUUGUCCUUACAAAAAACUGGAUUUUCCUUCAUCUUGCUGCUGCUUUUGCUGCUUAUGGUUUUCCCUUCACUAUCUUUCUAAAUGAUUUGUUACCUUGAAAUGUUAUGUUUGUGAUUUUUAUUAGGUUAUGUUUAUCUUGAUUCCAGGUAUUCUUUUUAUGAACUUUACUUGCCAGAAAAAAAAACCCAAUCAAAUCUUGCUGUAU